AGUUGAUACAUCAAGCGCAGUGUGAGCGCAGUGUAUCUGGGUAUCUUUAUCUGUAUGAUCGUUUCGUUUUUGAUUGCUGAUAUUUAAUAGAAAAAAUAAUUAUGACUUCGCUUCUUGCACCGGAAAAUCCGCCGCCAGGCUUUUCCUUCGACCUCUGCCUAAGAAACAAUGCCUUGAUCAAGAAAGGCUUUGCCGCUCCGAAAGCAGUCAAGACAGGUACCACCAUUGCUGGUGUGGUGUACAAGGAUGGCGUUAUUCUCGGUGGUGAUACAAGAGCUACCGAGGACACCAUUGUCGCCGACAAGUACAGUUUGAAGAUCCAUUAUCUCGCUCCUAAUAUGUAUUGUUGCGGAGCUGGCACAGCAGCCGAUACUGAGAUGACUACUGAGAUGAUAUCCAGUCAAUUGGAGCUGCAUCGUCUAAACACUGGUCGCGUAGUGCCUGUCUGUACUGCCAACACAUUGAUAAAGCAGAUGUUGUUCCGUUAUCAGGGUCAUAUUGGUGCUGCACUUAUCUUAGGCGGCUUUGAUCUCGAUGGACCGCAAUUAUAUUGCAUUUAUCCGCAUGGUUCCACUGAAAAGUUGAAGUACACCACCAUGGGAUCUGGUUCGCUGGCCGCUAUGGCUGUCUUUGAAAGCAGAUGGAGGCCUGACUUACCAGAGGAGGAAGCAAAGCAGUUGGUGGCGGACGGCAUUCGCGCUGGUGUGUUCAACGAUCUGGCGUCAGGAUCCAAUGUUGAUUUGUGUAUUAUUCGUAAAACCGGCGUUGAGUACUUGCGACCGUACGACACCGCCAGCGUGAAGGGUAAGCGGCAGUUCAGCUACCGCUACAAACCCGGCACCACUGCGGUGCUUACGAAAACGGUGCAGCCGAUCAUCGUGGAAGAAGAAACGGUGCGCACAAUCGAACCUGAAGCGAUGGACACGUCCUCAUAAAACUGCAAAUUGUAAUAUAAGGUUCUACAAGAUUAAGUUAAUAUAAUAAAUUUUUUUUCCAAAAAAUAUA